AUGGUCAAGGAAGACUCGAUGCGGGCAAAGCCCCCUGCUGGGCAUCCUGAUACCCAAGGCAGUCCAGGUUCAAGCUCCGGCGUGGGUGAUGAGAUGGAACCUGCGUCUGCUGUUCAUCGCAGCGCACCGCCAGAGAAACCCGAAGUUGUUCGCAGGAGAACCCUCAUUGUAUUUACUUUCUGGCUGAUGAUAGUGCUUCUCGGAUUGCCUAUGUGGUGGAAAACGACGUCUAUCUAUAGAGCUAAGCUCCCACUCAAUGAGAUGGAGAAUUGGGCAGCGGGAAAGUCCUGCAGGCCCGUUUUCCCGUUACAUAUCCAUGUCGACACACCUGGGUUGAACACUCCUGAAGCCGAGUCGCUGGUUCAAGCAGCGCAGCAUGCUCUUGAUGACCUGAACGACUUCUCUGCGCACCAUCUCCGCCUACGACUUGUGAAAACCAAGGAAAGUCCAAGUGCAGAGACAAGGGCUGCCAACAUAGCUGCAGGGGAGCAUGCUUUGGUACUACGGCUUAUCCCACAAGAUGAUAUCACUGCGAUCUCCUCCGAUCUACACCCUUACUCUGAGCGAUUGGAUGUGUUUUAUCCAUCUAGCCAGCUACAGCCGCAAACCACCUCCAAUUCACCUCUUACAACCUUUAUCGCAAAUGAAUUACGAAAGUUAUUUAAUGAGGAGAAGGCGACGCUGGAGUAUAUUCUCUCCCAGAGCAAUAGUGCAACGCAAUCUUCAAAGAAUGCAAUGCAAGGGGCAGCAAACAAAGAUCAGAGGUCUAAUGUUCUAAGCCCUGCGAUACAACCACUAUUGCUCGAAUCCAUCGCUAGUCGCGUGAAGAAGUCGUUUAAAUAUGCAGAAACCUACCAUCUAAGCUUUUCUCUCUUUACACCAGGCCCUACUCCAUCAUCAUGGGAGAUUGAAGAGGCCUUGAAAGAACACCUAUCCCCUCUACUCAAUGUAUUUUCUCCUAUUAGCAAUUUCUCGGUUGAUACCCAAGUGCAAGUUUACGCUACAUUUUCACCAACCGGAACACCCCCUGAAUACGACGAGAGUAAAGCUGCGUGGACCCUUAAACAGGAUGAUUUGAGUGGAUUCAUCAACGCGGCGGAAUGGCCUCUCAGUCCAAGUAUAGGCGGUGGACCAACCAUCAACUUCAUCCUUUACGUCCCAUCACCGGCUCAAUCACCACUCGUGGUUAAAGAGAACACCGCCACAAGCUGGCUUAUCCCUCAAUGGGGAGGGGUGGCCAUUCUCAAUCCUCCAUUAUCUAAGGACUCGGAGGAGCAGCAGAACCCACAUCACCUUUCCCGUGAGGUCCUAAAGCCUGCCAUUGACACUUUUUCACAUCAACUCCUUACGCUUCUUGGCACUCCUACCUCGCCACCAUCUUUACCACUACGUCUUCAAAGCCUGAUCCGGAUCCAUACCGCAUCGCUACUCCUAUCGGCAUCAUCUACAAUGGGUUCCCUUGCCCGCCUCACACUCUCGCUCCCUUCUAUACCCAUCCCUGUUACCGUCGCAGAUUCCGUCUCUCAUACGCUAUCCCGUCUUUCUUCAACUUGCGAAAUGCUGCAUCAGGGUGCCUUUGAAUCAGCUUUGGCUAAUGCCAGAGUCGCCGAGAAGGAAGCCGAACGUAGCUUUUUUGAGAAAAGUAUGGUUGGCCAGGUAUAUUUCCCAGAUGAACAUAAAGUAGCUGUGUAUCUUCCGCUUUUAGGACCAAUAGGGGUUCCACUGGUACUGGGGUUGAUUAAAGAGGUAAAGAGAAUGUUGCUUAGUUUGCGAUCGAAGUCGUGA